GCCUCAGUCGCGCCGUGGGGCUGGCGGGGCGAGUCGGGCAGUCUGCGCUGCAAGGCCGUGGCGAUGGGGGGCUUGAAAGACGAGCUGCUCAAGGCCAUCUGGCACGCUUUUACCGCGCUCGAUCUGGACCACAGCGGCAAGGUCUCCAAAUCGCAGCUCAAGGUCCUUUCGCAUAACCUGUGCACGGUGCUGAAGGUCCCGCAUGACCCUGUUGCCCUUGAAGAACACUUCAGGGAUGACGAUGAGGGACCCGUUUCCAAUCAGGGCUAUAUGCCCUAUCUGAACAAAUUCAUUUUGGAGAAGCCUGGCACUUGGCUCAUGGUCCAAGACAACUUUGACAAAAUUGAAUUCAAUAGGAUGUGUUGGACCCUCUGUGUCAAAAAAAACCUCACAAAGAGUCCCCUGCUUAUUACAGAAGAAGAUGCAUUUAAAGUGUGGGUUAUUUUCAACUUUUUGUCGGAGGACAAGUAUCCGUUAAUUAUUGUUCCCGAAGAGAUUGAAUAUCUACUUAAGAAACUUACAGAAGCUAUGGGAGGAGGUUGGCAGCAAGAACAAUUUGAACAUUAUAAAAUCAACUUCGAUGACAGUAAGGAUGGACUUUCUGCAUGGGAACUUAUUGAGCUUAUUGGGAAUGGACAGUUUAGCAAAGGCAUGGAUCGGCAGACGGUGGCAAUGGCAAUUAAUGAAGUCUUUAAUGAACUUAUAUUAGAUGUCUUGAAACAGGGUUACAUGAUGAAGAAAGGCCACAAACGGAAAAAUUGGACUGAACGCUGGUUUGUACUAAAACCCAACAUAAUUUCUUACUACGUGAGCGAGGAUCUGAAAGAUAAGAAAGGAGACAUCAUCUUGGAUGGGAACUGCUGUGUGGAGUCCUUGCCUGACAAAGAUGGAAAGAAAUGCCUUUUUCUCAUAAAAUGUUUUGAUAAGACCUUUGAGAUCAGUGCUUCAGAUAAGAAAAAGAAACAGGAGUGGAUUCAGGCCAUUCAUUCUACCAUCCACCUGCUGAAGCUGGGCAGCUCCCCGCCACACAAAGAGGCCCGGCAGCGUCGGAAGGAAUUCCGGAAGAAGCUGCUGGCCGAGCAGGAAGAGCUGGAGCGGCAGAUGAAGGAGCUGCAGGCUGCCAAUGAAAACAAGCAGCAGGAGCUGGAGAGCGUGAGGAAGAAACUGGAAGAAGCGGCGUCUCGUGCAGCAGAAGAGGAAAAGAAGCGCCUUCAGACUCAAGUGGAACUGCAGGCCAGGUUCAGCACAGAGCUGGAGCGGGAGAAGCUUAUCAGACAGCAGAUGGAAGAGCAGGUGGCUCAGAAGUCCUCUGAACUGGAGCAGUAUUUGCAGCGGGUGCGGGAGCUGGAAGACAUGUACCUGAAGCUGCAGGAGGCGCUUGAAGAUGAGAGGCAGGCGCGGCAAGACGAGGAGACGGUGCGGAAGCUGCAGGCCAGGCUGCUGGAGGAGGAGUCGGCCAAGAGGGCCGAGCUGGAGAAGUGGCACUUGGAGCAGCAACAGGCCAUUCAGAACACAGAGGCCGAGAAGCAGGAGCUGGAGAACGAGCGUGUGCGCAAGGAGCAGGCCCUGCAGGAGGCCAUGGCGCAGCUGGAGCAGCUGGAGCGUGAGCGCAAACAGGCGCUGGAGCAGUACGAGGGAGUUAAAAAGAAGCUAGAGAUGGCAACGAAUACAACUAAGAGCUGGAAAGACAAAGUGGCCCAGCACGAAGGAUUGAUUCGAUUGAUAGAACCAGGUUCAAAAAACCCCCACCUGAUCACUAACUGGGGCCCUGCGGCCUUCACGGAAGCAGAACUUGAAGAGAGAGAGAAGAGCUGGAAAGAGAAAAAGACCACUGAGUGACGAAACAGCACCGGCCCACGGGCAAGCAGAUCCUGGGUGUAGCUGGAAGCUUUUUGCUGGAGACAAAAGAAACUGGCUUUGAUGCUUCUAACUGUUUUUCCUUCCAGGUCCUCUUAGGAUACUCUGGGCCAGUACCCUAAGACAGCUUUCUUUUUUACCUACCUGCAAAUAAAGUGCUUACCUGCAAGGGAAAGAAAUAGUCAACAUCACCAAGCCCUGUACCCUUUCUCUGAAAAAUACCAGCUUCUGGAAAUUCCUUUUGAACCCUCUGAGAUUCAAGGCUGUACACAGACUGCAGUGGGUGCCAUUGCCUGCCGUGGUUGGAAGGAGCAGGUUCUCAGAAUCACUGGACGAUCAGAGCUUCUAUCUCCUCCAAGUGCUUAUUUCAGAAAUAGAUCGUCUGGUACACCUGCCAUCCCAUGACAGUUGCUGGGCAUGCCUUUGAUUGUUGCUCCAUAAGACAUGACGUGGACAUACGUGGACCUGGAUGUGGCUCUCAGUGGUUAGAGCCCUUAGAUGCAUCUGUGCAGAUGUUUUCUGUACAAUGCACCAUGCUAGUGAUUGAUGUCCUGGUCGCAGCCGCCUCUCUCAGAGGCCAGAAUCCCUUCCAUGGUGCUUUGGCUAACAUAGAUGCUUAUGAAUCAGAACACAUAAGUAAAAGUAACAAAUCUUAUUUGGAAUGGUGUUUUGAUACUAACUGAAUUCCUUCUAAUAUCUAAAAUGGUCUUAGCAUCAAAUGAUAGACCCCCCUUUUUUUUUUACCCUUUUGUUUUUCUUUCAUAGUUACUGUACAGAAAAGUUUCCAGAGUAUGUGAAUGCUUAUUAUAAUUAGGCCCUUUCCUUAAUAAACCAGGAUAUGAUCAUUUAUAGGAAUUAUACAUGAGAAAAAGUUUAUAAAAUGUAUUUUUUAUGAUGUGCUUUGUUGAGAGGGAACAAAUAUUUAUAAUUUUCAAACAUUCUUAUCUAAAUAUUGUACAAUGUAAUAUGCUUUCUUAAUUUUUUGCUAAUUUUUCUAAGACAUAAUAAAAUGUUUUGUAUGUUUCUC